AUGGGUGAUGUUCGGAACACAGUAAUAAAUCGUUCGAGCUAUACGGGUUCAGUGCGGAAGGACUAUGCUGAAGAGGUGGCAAAACGAAGAGCAGUUCUACAACAAAAAAUAGAAGAGAGACAGAAAUUGGCGAGAAAACUGCAAGAUGAAAAAAUGGCUCGGGCUGUCGCCCAAAAGGAAGAGCUUCUACUGAAACAGCGGAAAGCUCAACAACGGGAAAUGUUGCGAGCAAAAGCGGUUUUGGAUCGUCGUACUCAAAUUUUGGCAGAAAAAGAGAGGGAGAAGAAGGAGGCUAUGUUAACGAAAGCGCGUGAAUUGGCGCCGUGUCUUACAUCACAAUAUAAAUCACGAGCAACAUACGCGUUCGGUAGCAGUACGCCUCGUGAAUUGGAAUAUUUGACCCAUCUCACUAAAGAGCAAAAGGUAUAUGAUCGCAAACUCAUGCCUUCUGAUCGUAAUAUAGCUGCACCGUCUGGUUCGUCUAGUCAUUCAACACUGACACCAACCUAUGACUUACGUAAUUAUACCGGGGCUUCAAUAACAGGAAGCUUGUGUAUUGCCCGAUCAGAGUUAAAGACAUGCCACAAGCUUAUAUCAAAUUGCAUGACUCAGUCUAUGAUGACUGCACCAAAACCAAUCAACACGGUGAAAUUCGGCCAAAAACCCGUUCAUCGUCAGUCAGUGAUACAGCGUCCAAUAGCUGCUACAAAGACAACAUCAUCCAUAGUGACUGAAAUGCCGAUUAAAACAGAGAAGCCUGUUCAAAAGCAUGUUCCUCCACUGUAUGUACAGAGAUCUCGAAUUGUGCAGUCUAAACCUGAGACAGAAAUUCAUUCUUUGAAAACGAAGCCAGGACUACUACAUAAGUCUGCUGAACUGAAAAUUAAUAAUGAAGCCAAAGCCGAAGCUGUAAUGAAUAAAUCACCAAGUGAUGAUAUGAGUAAAGCAACCAUAAUUAUGGGAAAUGAUGACAUCGAAGUUCAAGAUGACAUAGCUAUUACUAGAAAUAAUAUAGAUAUAAAAGAAGUCGUAAAUUUAGUUCCUGACAUUAACAGAAUUAAAAAGUCAAAUGAGAAAUGCGUUAUGGUGGGAGUUCCUGAUGAGGAAGAGAGAACGAAAAAUGUCGGCUAUGUAUCUGAAGUUGUGGAAAGCGAUAUACUGGAUGGUAAUGCUAUGAAAGAGAAGAUAAUUCUUGAUGUUGCGUUAGAUUGCAAAACAGAAGCUACAACCGCUAAAGAUGCUCCUUUGUUUGAUCUUUCAUUAGAAAACGAUGGUAAUUCUAUGAAUGAGGCGAAAACGGACACUGCAGUUAUGAUGGUUAAUGUGAAGAGAACCCAACUGCAGCGUGUUGUGAAAGUAUCAGGUAUAAAUCGAGUGUAUCCAGAUUUAUCGGAAGCUGAAUUUGUUAGUGACGAACAAGAGGAAAUGGCAAACGCAGUGAAGGUUUUCGUAGAGAAAGAAUCAUUGGUUGCAGAUGAAAAUCUUCCUGAAACUGGAGAGAACAGUAAACAGGAGAAGGUAGCCAUUCGAAAACCUUACGAGAUAGUGGAAGAUAAUGAAGAAAGUGAUAUGUCUACCACUGAAACCAGCAAAUUUGACAAAGAAGAGUUUGAAUCAUUGGCUCAGAACAAGUCGAAACUGAGUGCAAACGGAAUAGAAACUAUUACAGAAGAUUUGAAAUUGGUAGGAGAGAAAAAUUCAGUGGAAGAAAGGCGUCGAAUUCAAGACGAACUUUUAGAGAGGGAACAACGUGAGCGUGAAGUGCGCAAAGCUAAGUUAGUUUCUAUUAUGAGCCGAACACGUGGUGGUGCACCUUCAAUGGCUGUAAUUCCGCCAGUUCUGCAUACUGAUAAUUCUGAGAUUGAAUCUCUAAAACAUAGGGCUGACAUUUCUUUAUCAAGUGAAUGCACACCAGUGAAAAGUGUUCUCAGUCAUACUACAGCUUCUGUUCUGCAGAAACUAGCUACAACGAACCCCAAAUUGUUGUCUGUGCUGCAACGCAAUGGCUCGAAUCGAUCAUUAGCUGAUGAGUUGUCUGCAGCUGAUCCGUCGAUGUCAGUAACACUUCCAGGUCAACCUGUUGAUUCGAUUGUAAGCCGCGAAGGUUCUACUACAAUACGGCACUUGCCCUUCGAGCCCGAUAUUAAUCAUCGACCUGUUGCUAUGAAAUAA